AUGGCAGCAUUUUUUAUAUUUAUUAUUUCGUCAAUUAUUCUGAAUAUAUGUUCAGCAAAAACUCAUUCCUCCACCAACAGUGGAACAUCCACUACACUAAUAGCCAUUCUGGUACCCACUGCUACUAUUGGCGUCACUAUUAUUGUCAUAGUAAUUGUAUGUUGUUGUUAUAAAAAAGCACCAUGGUGUUGCAAACAAAGAAUGGGUGUCAUGCCUCUAGCUACACAGCAGUUUUUAGCGCAACAACAAAAUCAAUAUGCACCUCCAGGUUUCUUUCAAACAACACCCUAUGUUCAACCACCACCUUACAAUCAAAUGUCACCAUACGAAAAACCAACUCCAUACUCCCAACCAAUACAGACGUUAUAA